AUGGACGAGGAUGAAGAGUCCAACGAGAUAACGCCUGAUCAGGCACUAGAAUUUCUUAGAGUGCCGGAAGCAGUUAUGGAACCUGGUGUUGCGGAAGCAAUACGAAUAUAUCUGGAAGAAGGUAGCGGAAGUAGUGAAACUGCUAUCGAAGCAAUGGUUACGGGAUACAAUGCAUAUGCUCAGGCUGUGAACAUGAUGUCUGAUUGGCUCACUGCAUUGGGUGAUGUGCCUCCGGAAGAACCUGUGCAGGUCGCUCAACCAAAGAAAACGAAGCGAGGUCGACGAGGGGCAAAAACGGCAGCAAAAAAGGCAGAGGAAGAAGAGGCUAGGAGAAAAGAGGAAGAGAAAGCGAAAGAGCCGGAUACACCGAAAAGUCCGACGAAGAAACAUGAGGCAGAGAAGAGGUUGGAUCCCUUCUAUGGGAGAAUGGAAGCAGUGAAAAGCGUCGAAAAUACGUUAGCAGCACUUAUAGCGAAACAUUUCUCGCCUGAUAUCGCUGACACCAUUUUUGAAGAUGGAGGAGUGAUUGAAUGGCUGCCAGAGUUGAUAAACCACAAGCGAUGGCGAACCUUAUUAUAUGAACUGAUGGAUCAAUAUCCGAAUUGUCUUAUGCUCAACUUUGCGGUAAAACUCAUCUCCGACGCUGGAUUCCAAACGGAGAUCAGUACGGUCAGCUCCGCAGCACAGCAGCUUGAUAUAUUUUCGAGAGUGCUUUUGACUUCAAUUGAUGCGGUAUUGGUUGAACAUCGUAAAGGAUGCUUGACAGCUGCCUACGAAAAGGCCUUUGGAGAGUUGGUCCGAGUUGUAUGCCAAGCAGAGCAUACGUAUGUCUAUACUAUAGCUUUGCUCAAGGCAGUAGGAACGUCACAAGGAGGGCGAAUUUUAGCAGCUUGCGAGCAAAUGGCUGAUGCACUUCGAGCUGAGAUGGAGGGCCGUGAGCAUGAAACCACAGCCCUCCGGACAGCCCUAGCCCAAACAGCUGAUGAUCAGGUGAAAAUACAUCAAGUGAAGUACAAUGUGGCCUCACAUUUUACUCAAGCUCUGCUGAAUAUGGUCAGCCGAGGUGAACUCAACCCUGCUGAUGUGACGAUUAUUUAUGAUCAAUAUAUUCUCCCACUGCCUCCUCCAAUUUCGAUCAUUCGAGAUCCAAUAUUCAUAGAUCUGUUACUGGACUCCUUAUUCCAUUACCAAGGACCUAAGACCAUCCCGGAACAUCGGUUCAAGUACAUCUUUCUCCUCGCUUGUGCCGCAUCUGUGUCAGAGACAAGAAGUAGCAAUGGAAGGAGGACGCAAUCGCGACUGGAGCUCGAUAAUUGUCGACAAUGCUUGGAUGAUGCAGUAAGCUUGCUGGAAGGCAUGGAUGAUCUCUUGGCUGAGCUGAAUGAUCUUCUCCAUGCAAUAAAAAUGCCUGUUGUAGCUGCAGGAGUACUGUACUAUGUGCAGACAUUGCUGUUGUCUGAGGAGAGAACUGGCGAUCCACCAGGUGCUGCAUUGUGUCUCUUAGAUCAUAUUUCUACACUGCAUCCAAAUCUUCAUGCUAAAGCUUUUGAUGUUUGCUGUCAACUCUAUGAAAAGAUUGCUGGAGAAAACGAAGCUGCUGAGUCAUCAGAGAUAAUUACUCACUCCAGUCAUUUAUAUUUUCUUCCAACGCAGGUGAUAAUGGAACGACAGCGAUUAGUUGUUGAUCGGUUCGUUCAUCUUCUUUCGGUAGGAGGUGCAAUACCGGUAUUGGAGAAGGUUUGGGAAAUGUUCCGUGAUGGACAAAUCGAUGCCUCUUUAGUACGGUAUUUUGCGAUGGAGGUGCUGGAAAUUAUCGCUCCACCAUUUUCUGAUGAUCUCGUGAAUUUAUUCCUACCAAUGGUUAGUGAUGAGGAAAUUUUCGAUAAGGCUGCACAGGUAAUAAUGGAACGACAGCGAUUAGUUGUUGAUCGGUUUGUUCACCUUCUGUCGGUAGGAGGUGCAAUACCAGUGUUGGAGAAGGUUUGGGAGAUGUUCCGUGAUGGACAGAUCGAUGCUUCUUUAGUACGGUAUUUUGCGAUGGAGGUGGGUUUCUGCCACGUUCACUGUAAUACAUACUCAUGUAGGAGGAGUUUGCAGGUGCUGGAAAUCAUCGCACCACCAUUUUCUGAUGAUCUCGUCAAUUUAUUCCUGCCAAUGGUCAGUGAUGAGGAAAUUUUCGAUAAGGCCGCACAGGAGCGUUUUCCUCCAGCAGGCGAAUUUAUCCAACAUUGUCAGCAACAGCUUCCUUCAUCAUCAGCAGUUGCUUAG